AUGGUUAAGUCUUCUAGUAUGUUUACUGAUAUUGCUGAAAGCAGAAGCCAUCCUGUGGGAAUCACUCUUGUUGAGAAUGCAGUUGCCAAAGGAGCCGUUUGUUUGGAUGGGAGCGCACCAGCGUACCACUUUGACAAGGGAUUUGGUGCAGGAAUCAACAAUUGGUUGGUUCAUGUUGAGCUCCACCUUCUAGUCAAUGAGAGGGAGCUUAGAAUAGAUUAUUGGAGAAGAGAAAUCUGUAUAUUACGUCUGAGCUUAAACAUUAUGGCCUCUGAAUGGGAGGAGGAUGGUGUAACAGUGUUGAGACUUGCCUUGAUCAAUCAAGUUAGGUACUGUGAUGGGGCGUCAUUCACUGGUGAUGUUGAAGCAGUAAACCCAGCAACAAAUCUUCACUUCAGAGGAGCAAGAGUUUUUCGUGCCAUCAUUGAUGAUCUAUUAGCAAAAGGAAUGAAAACUGCUCAAAGCUCUCUCUCUGGUUGUUCGGCUGGUGGAUUGACCUCAAUUCUUCAUUGUGAUAACUUUCGUUCUCUCUACCUGAAGACUGUUUCUGGAUCCCAACACAUUCAAGCCUUUUACAGUGAAGUGGUUGCGCUACAUGGUUCGGCGAAGAACUUACCCGCAUCCUGCACUUCAAAAUUGAGUCCAGGCUUGUGCUUCUUCCCACAAAAUGUGGUACCAGUGACCCAGACCCCAAUAUUUUUGGUAAAUGCAGCUUAUGAUUCGUGGCAGAUAAAGAACAUUUUGGCACCGGGUAUUGCUGAUCCUAAAGGCGCCUGGAAAAAGUGCAAGCUUGAUAUAAAGAACUGCUCACCCAGUCAACUUCAAAACCAUGCAAGUGAAGCUUCCUUGUACCUACCAAGGAAAGCUUCUUAUGUAUUGCAUCAUUGGCAUAAACCGGCCGCUGGAAAAUUUACUUGGGUUUUUAAUAUGGAAUUUGUUUCAGAAUAUCGGUUGCAGUUCUUAGGUGCACUUGGUCAAGCCAGCAGCUCCACAUCUCAUGGACUGUUCAUAGACUCUUGCUAUGCCCACUGCCAGAUUGGAACACAGGAGACAUGGUUGGCAGCCGACUCUCCAGUGUUGAGUAAGACGGUAAGAGUCGUGUAG